AUGGUGGAAGACAUGAAAGGUAAAAUCAGAGUGUUCUGUCGGAUUCGACCAGUGAGCCGAACUGAAGUUGCACAGGAUCAGGAUGAAGCCAUCGUUGUUAAGAAAAUCGAUGAUUUCUCUGUCACUGUUGAAACUUCUCGUGGGCAGAGAGAGUUUCAGUUUGACAAGGUGUUCAGCGCUGCAGCUUCUCAGGAAGACCUGUUUCACGACACCCACAGGCUCAUCCAGUCGGCUCUUGAUGGUUACAAUGUCUGUAUCUUUGCGUAUGGCCAGACGGGCUCAGGGAAGACCUUCACCAUGGUAGGGGACAAGGAGCAGAAGAACCUAGGGAUCAUGCCAAGAUCUUUUAAUGCUAUAUUUGAUUUCAUUCAAGAGAACAGCUCCAAAUUUGACUUCAAGGUUUCUGCCUACAUGCUGGAGCUGUACAACGACAGACUGCAGGACCUCUUUGUGAGCCCGGCUGGAGAGGCCCAUGCUCAGGCCCAGUCCCACGGCCAGGCCAGGCGGGUGGAGAUCAAGAGGAACAAAAAGGGGGUUGUGUUCGCACAAGGAGCAGAGACAAAGGAGGCUUCCAGCACUCAGGAGCUCUAUGCUCUGUUCCAGCAGGCCUGCGCCAACCGACACAUCUCCGCCACCAAGAUGAAUUUAGAGAGUUCCCGCUCCCAUCUCAUAGUUGGCAUCAUGGUGGAGAGCAGGAAUCUGACCAACGGGAGUGUUAGCACAGGGAAGCUGAGCUUGGUGGACCUGGCAGGUAGUGAGCGAGCAGCUAAAACUGGUGCCAAAGACCACCAGCUUAAGGAGGCAAACUCCAUUAACAAAUCUCUGAGCGCUCUGGGUGAUGUGAUCUCAGCUUUGUCUGCUGAACUGCCUCAUGUACCGUACAGAAACAGCAAGCUGACACAGGUGAUGCAGGACUCCCUGGGUGGAAACGCCAAAACCCUCAUGAUCGUCAACAUUUCUCCUUCAGAAUCCAACCUGGAUGAGACACUCACAUCUCUCAUUUACGCAACCAGAGUGAAAGCCAUAACCAACAAUGCUCAGAGAAAUGUGGACAGCAAAGAGAUAGCCCAGCUGAAAGAGGUGCUUGUCACUGUUAUUUUCUUCAGCUGA